AUGCUGUCUGCAAACUCGAAUCACGGUUUGGCCCCGUCUAGUUCCCGGGAACAAAGAUCAUCGAUGCGAAACUCCAGUAAGAAUCAACCGUAUUGUGAGGAAGCACGCGAGCUGGAUCUGACUGAAGUCGGAGCGUGGUGCCACUUGGAUCAACUGCAGACGACGAACGAUGAUCCACAUAGGUCUAGGUUGUACCAAGUGCUGGAACCUGAGUUGCGUGGUGCGGUAGGCGAGCUGCAAUGCGUUUGUAAACGUCUACAAAGCAUCAUCGAUGGCUUGGAGAGAAGAACGUAG